AUGGGGAACAGGCUGACUUGCCGUGUGAAGGCCAGUCCCAGUCCCAGGGCCAGCCCCAAGCUGGGUGGGGGCUCCAAGCAGGUUAAGUCAAAGUGUGAGUAUGAGGUUCAUGAGGAGGCUGCCGGGGACACUGGAGCAAUGGAAACAGUGCCUGCUACCCCGAAGUCUGAGAAGUUGAAAUCCGGAGCCCUCAAGCGCCACCACCUGAAGAACAUCAGCGCCCCAGUGAUACCCCAAGAACAAUACAAGAGGAAGAACAAUUAUGAAUGGCCAGAGCGCCUUGCAAGAGGAUACGGGUCAUGCCCCAUGGUGUUUCUCUCCGAUGAUACCAUCAGACAGCCGGAUUUUAAAAUCACCAUCCAAACCGUGUCUUUGGGCAUAUAUCACAUAAUAAAGAACAGAGAUGGAAAUAAAAUCUCCAACAUUUUCGAUGAGAGCAAGCACCCCUUCAGACACGAAGUGACUAGAAAGGCCCACUUGUGGCAUGACCCUGAACUGAAGGUUGUCUACAGAUUUGUCCGCGCCCUUUUCAGUGCUGAGCACCUCACCGCUGAGUGUGCGAUUGUGACGUUGAUUUUCAUCGAAAGGCUUCUGGACUAUUCAGAUAUUAACAUGUGUCCCAGGAAUUGGAGAAGAAUACUUGUUGGAUCCGCUCUUCUUGCGUAUGAGUAUUGGGACAAACAGGCUCUGUGGGGCAUAGACUUCUGCCAGCUCAUCAAUAACAUCAUUACACCCGAGGACAUGAAUGACAUAGAAAGACAUUUUUUACGUUUUAUUCAGUUUGAUAUUAAAAUUACUAGCUCUAAGUAUGCCAGCUAUUACUUUUACCUUCUACGCAUAGCCGAGGAACACAACGUGAUCGAUCUAUUUGAACCUUUUGCAAAGUAGAGCACUGAACCCAGAGGCUAUUUCCAGAGGCUAUCAAGAAAAAGACCUGUGCAGAGCUGCUAUAGAAAGAUCUCUUAGCGCUGAUAAUGUUAUUGUCAUGCAAUGCACCAUAGCCAUGCUCUCUAAAGAAACUGAGGGGUUGUAACAUCAUGAGACCCUCAUCUACAAAAACUACAGAAAUACCACCUCUUCUUCUAAAAAGCAGUGAUAACAAGAAGUUAAAGAAACAAGAGGAGAGCCCUGACCAAUUUGCCUCUGGUUAGAGCAUCAGCCCACUCACCGCAAGGUCCUGGGUUCGAUUCCCAGCCAAGAAUAUGUAACUGGGUUGCAGGUUUGAUCCCUGGCCCCAGUCCGGGCCCUUGUAGGAGGCAACCAGCUGAUGUCUCUUUCACAUUGAUGUUUCUCUCUGUCCCUCCUCCCCUCCCUGUCUUCUCCUGUACCUCCCUCUCCCCAUCCCUCCCUUCCACUCUUUCUA